UGCCUUUCGUUCCCGCGCGGCCGAGAAACGCCUAUGAGGGGCCGACCGUUGUCACGGCUGUGUACAAUGACAACGCAACUAAGCAUGCAAGACAGAAAAGAUUUGGAGAAGUUCACCAAGUAUCUGGCCCUGAGGGCCGCCCAAAUCAUCGUGCAGUCAAGAUCCGGGCAGAAAGUUAACACCACGUGCAAGCCGGACUCGUCGGCCGGCGAUUGGGUAAAAUUUAAUCUGGCGAUAAUAGAGUUGCCGGAGAUCUCCGCUGACGCUAAAAGGGCGCUAUGUGGAGAAAUAGUAAGCUCCACUGUGCCACUUUGCAUAGAAAUCUCUUUGAAAACAGUGGAAGGUGACAAGAUGGUUUUGGAAACGUGGAGCCUUGGCGUUUUGCCAGAGCAGAGCGAUCCAACUGUGCGAGUAACGUACACCGUGUACAACAGAAUGGGAAUUUUAUUGAAGUCCUUGCUCUCCGUAUCAAGAGUUACACCUGCUUAUAAACUAAGUAGGCGGCAAGGACCAGAUUCUUACACAAUGUGCUAUCGAAUAUACAUGGGAGAGCCUCAAUUACAUAAUUUAGGAGACAAUUACAAGCAUGUGAGGGUAGGCCAGUUAUGCACUCCGGUAGGCACCAUACACUUAUCCGUUUCUUAUAGAACAAAAAUGACUAUUUCGCCUACUCACAAGGGACGGGAGUCCAUCAUGCUUAAAAGCGACCAUUUUCAUUCGGAUUCAAGUCCACGUCAUACAUGGUAUCAACAAAGCGAGGAAACAUCAAAGUCUCUCAGCGACACCAUUAAAGUAGGCGCGUUUGUAAUAAAUAAACCCGUUAUCGUGGACGAGGAUCUUGUGAUACCAGAUGUUCCGUUCAGCUCUUUACUGACGCCCAAACGAACCUCGCCGCCACCGGUGUCACUGAUGGAUCCUGCGAACACGAAGACUGCAACGGCAGCUGGCACGACCGAUAGCAACAACGGAAAUAGCGACAGGGCUAACAACGACAACGCCACGUCGAAGUGCGCCUCCCAAAAUGGCUCUAGGCGGAGUAGUUGUUCUAUCAUUAGUGCCAACGACGAUUUUAUUAUGGUAGAUUUGAUGAAAACACCAUUCGCCAUCACGAAUACGAAUAGCGAUGUCGGAGCGUUUUAUCUCGAAUGCCAAAGCGCUCCGCAAUUGCAGGCGUUCAUGGAGGAGAAAACGCUCGCGGAGCAGCUGGGGGAUUUGACCAAGCAGUUGGAAACGUUCGAGAUGAAUAUGCUGCACUACGACGACAUCCUCUCGUCACUGUAUCACAGCGAGAAUAACAAUUAAAAAAUCUCAUAGCUGCUCGAAAACGCAGUUGUACAGUAUACAGCUCUAUUGUAUAACAUUCGUUAUGUGAUAUUAAAUAAUAAUAUUAGGUAUUAAACGUUUUUCUUUUUUUCUUUUUUUCUUUUCUCGUUGGUGCGGCACUUUGAUAUUUACAAUCUAAUGCUGAUCCAUCUGUCAAUACUCGCUGGAUAAUACCGCUCGUCCACGUUUUUGCUAAUAAAAGGUAUACGUUGCAA